AUGGCUCCAGAAGAUGAGUGGGUGCGGCGGGCAAAUGCGCCCUUUGGCUACGCCAAGAACCCGGUGGCUCCACGAAAGAGCCGCUCGCCCCAAAGUACAGGGCGCCCGCCCCAAACCCUGGCGCGCGGCAGUGCUGCGCCGGCCUCUUCGCCCCAGUCAGAUGGGUCCAAGGCGCGCGCGCUCGAUAGUCUCCCGCCCGAAAUCGCUUCUUCCGUGGCUGACCACUUGAGCCAGUACGACUGUUUGAGCUUGGCGGCCACAAGCCGCACUAUGCAUGUGACAUGCAUGCCGCGGCUUUUGCACAAGGUGGUUGUGGAUCCUUCUUACACCGAGUUCAGCCCCGAGUAUGCGCCACAUUGUACCUACAUCAACCUGCUGUACAGUUUCCGGCGUUUUGUGCGGGCGGGCCCGCUUGUGCAGACGCUCUGGGUGGAGGCCUUGCCUGAUCUGGCAUGUAUUGAUGGCGACACGGCGCAUGCGCUCAUGGAUUUUUUCCGCUUGCAAGAGUCUUUGGUGGCACUCAUUUGGCGCCCGCCCACAUUCAACUGGGAAUGGUUGGCUAGACUCCCGCAGCCAGAGAACUUGCUACGUCUCGACAUCUGCAUGGCUCUGCUGCACCUCCCGCGUAGCGAGGCUUCCUUGCAUGCGCAAUUUUGCAACUUAGACCACCUUCGUUUACAUGUGCCCCUGACGCUGGCGCAAUGGGCGCGGCUCGAAGGCGGCUGCGAGCAUUUGCGUGCGCUUUGCGUUGACCGCAGCACGCGCGAACCUACUGCGCUUUUGCCUCCCUCGCGUGAUCUUGCAGCGCCUGAUUUUGCCGCUGUCGACGUGGACACCAUCCGCAAAGUUUUCGCCACUCCGCGGCCAAACUUGCUGGCUUUGACCUUGAGCAAUGUUCUUGUUUGUGAAGAUGAUGCCCUGCGUUUGGCCCAAGCAGUGUGCUUGCCCCAACUUAAGUACCUUGCAUUGCAUGGAGUUGCCGAGUGCGGUGCGCGCGCGCGCGACGGUUUCUUGCCGCUAAUUGCGCCGCAAUUGACAAACCUUCGGGCUUUGCACCUUGAUUUCCGCGAGGGCGCGCAGGAUACAGUUGCAGCCUUCUUAGCAGCCAUUGCCACUGCUCCGUUAACCGAGCUCGAUCUCGUGGUGCGGCUCAAUGAAAUCAAACUCUCGUUUGCAGAUGCAGAUACAAUCUAUUCGACGCAUGCGCGUGCAAUGGCCGCUUUCUCGCUGCUCACAAAACUCAGUAUCGAGGUGCGCCAGGAAAGCGCCUUUUGCGACCUAACGGUGCCGACGCCUGAGGUACUUGGGCGCACCACGAGCGGCAUGCGCCUGCUUCGCAGCUUGCGUCUCAGCGUGCCCACACUGCGCACGCUUGCAGCAUGGUUGGCGCCGCUUGAGCGUCUUCAGUACUUGGACGUUUUCGGCGUUCGUGCCGGCGGCGCCCCCAACUUGGGGCUUGGAAUGGUGCAUCCCAAUGUGUUUGACGAAUGGUUCAAAGUGCAGCAUGCGGCGCAGCUCUACGCAGAGGCAAGACCGUCUUUAUUGUACGUGCGUAUCAACCAAUGUGUCUUUGACUUUAGUGGCGCAGAUGUCAAUCCUCGCGAUGGCAUCGACCGUUGGUUUGACUUGCGUGUGCGCGUAGGAUAA